AAAAAGACAGAGGCACAGGGGGAGGGCGAAGGAGCCAGCGGGAGGAGGGGGCAGGAGAAUGGAAACAACUUGAGUUUAGGAAUUUGAAUCCUGUUCGAACGAAGGGGGAGAGAGAGAGAGGAGGAAAAUAGGGCCAAGGACUGAUCAGUAGAAAUCAAGAUCUGGUGAGGCAAAACGAGAGUGAGAGGGCUGGGAACAACGGACCACACGAAACACUGGUUCAAGAAAAUCUUUCAGCGCCUAAAAUGACUUUACACAACUUGCGUGAUUGCUGAUCAUUUUAGAGUGUUUUUUACUGUGGUUUUUCAAUUAUUGAAUUGAGAAAGUUCAUCAUCCUCUGUGCGGAACUUUUCUGUAACUUUUUUACUGUCAGUCAGCUGUUCAGAUUAAGGACAAGUGACUACAGUUAAUCUUGGGUUAAGAUUUGUACAUUUCUUUCGAUACAGAAAAGAAGAACAAGGAUUAUAUUGGCGGAAAAAAUCUGAGGAAGCGCUACCUGCGAUUUAUCUAAAUCACCGUCUGACGGAAAGAGACCACAAAACUUUUACUGCGGAACUUUGAUUUGUUUUCAAGUCUGGCGUGAGAGCGACGCAGUAACUUGCAGGACUCCCACCUUAACUCAGUUGGUCAAAACUCAACAUUUGUUAAAUAAGUACGUUUGAAGGAAAAACCAUGAAGAGCGGUUUUCAGUGGUUAGUGCUGAUGUUAUUCCUGUCGGCUUUGUUUACAUCGGGAUGUGCCAGUCCCUUGACAGAGCUACAUUUUGUGCGGAGCCCGAAUAACGUGACGUCGUCGCUGGGCAAGCCUGUGGUGCUCCAUUGCUCCCUCCAGGGACCCGGGGGCGAGGAGGUAGACCCCCCUGAUGUGGUGUGGAUGAGGGACGGACAACCACUGCACUACGCAGACACCAACCAGGUGCAGGUCCCCUUCAGCACGGACAGCUGGAGGGUCACCAGCACACUCAGGAUAGAGAAGGUCAAGCUGCCAGACAUGGGCUUGUAUCGCUGUGCUGUGAUGUCUGACGACCACCUCACUCAGUCUAAGGAAGGACACAUCCAACUGGAGGGUCUGCCCCAUUUCUCUGUCGAGCCCCAGCCCAUGUCAGUGGUGGCCAACCUCAGCCUCAGCCUGCGCUGCGUGGCCCACGGGCCUCCAGAACCAGUCCGGGUCAUCUGGCUCCAGGACGGAGCUCCCCUGAACACCCUGAAGGACCCGGUGGCACUGUCGCCUUCUACACUGAACCUCACAGGUCUGAACCAGACCAGCACCUUCUCCUGUGAAGCCCACAACCGCAAGGGUGUGGCCACCUCGGCCUCUGGCACCAUCACCGUUCUCCCAGCCCAGCCCCAAAAGCUGAGGGUUGUAGAGGUCACCAACUCCAGCCUGCAGCUGGCCUGGCAGCCUGGCUUUGGAGGAAACUAUCCCAUCACCCACUGCACCGUGCAGACAAAGCGAUCGGGCGGGGUCUCCAGCAUGGGCCCCGAUCACCUGACCGAUCACAUGAUCCUCAACCAGGACGUGAACGUCCCCCCGGCCAGCCUCCUGGUGGGGGGCCUGGAGCCCCACAGCCCCUACGCAGUCAGGGUCUCCUGUCACAGCAGCCAGGGAGCCUCCGUGUGGACACCCUGGCUGGGGCUCCACACCAGCCAAGGAGGCCUGUCCUCCCCCCCUGCCUUCUCCUGGCACUGGUGGUACGUGGUGAUGGCCAUCGCGGCGGCCGUGGCCCUGGCCGUGCUCAUGGCCGUGUACGUGGCUCGUCUGCGGAGAAAGGAGACUCGUUUCGGUGAGGCCUUUGAGCCCAUGAUGGAGAGUGGGGAGCUGGUGGUCCGGUACCGAGCCCGUCGCACCUACAGCCGCAGAACCACCGAGGCUACCUUGAACACCCUUGGCAUCAGUGACGAUCUCAAGCACAAGCUGCAGGACGUGAUGGUGGACAAACAUAAACUAACCCUGGGAAAGACGUUGGGAGAAGGAGAGUUUGGCUCUGUGAUGGAGGGACUGGUCACUCAGGAGGAGUCUGCUCUGAAAGUGGCAGUGAAGACCAUGAAGAUCGCCAUCUGCACUCGCACGGAGAUGGAGGACUUCCUACGAGAAGCCGCGUGCAUGAAGGAGUUUGACCACCACAACGUGAUGAGGCUCCUAGGUGUGUGUCUCCAGACUGUGGAGAGUGAAGGUUAUCCAUCACCUGUGGUCAUCCUGCCCUACAUGAAGCAUGGAGACCUGCACAGCUAUCUACUAUACUCACGUCUGGGAGACUGCCCUGUGUAUCUCCCAUCCCAGAUGCUGGUGAAGUUCAUGACCGACAUCGCCCGGGGGAUGGAGUACCUUAGCAGGAAGAACUUCAUCCACAGAGACCUGGCAGCUCGUAACUGCAUGCUGAAUGAGAACAUGAACGUUUGUGUGGCGGACUUCGGCCUCUCCAAGAAGAUCUACAACGGAGACUACUACCGCCAGGGCCGCAUCUCCAAGAUGCCCGUCAAGUGGAUCGCUAUCGAGAGCCUGGCUGACCGCGUCUACACCACUAAGAGUGACGUGUGGUCGUUCGGAGUGACCAUGUGGGAGAUAGCAACGCGUGGUCAGACGCCAUACCCUGGGGUGGAGAACAGUGAGAUCUACGACUAUCUGAGGCAGGGGAACCGCCUCAAGCAGCCUCCUGACUGCCUCGACAGCAUCUACUCCAUGAUGUUCUCCUGCUGGCUGCUGAGCCCUAAGGACCGACCCGGGUUCGAGGACCUGCGCUGCGAGCUGGAGAAGGCCCUGGACGAGCUCCCGGACCCACAGGACCCCGACGAGAUCCUCUACGUCAACAUGGAGGAGUCCUCCUCGGAGCUGGGCGCAGUGGGGGGCCGGGACCCCACGGGGGGCCCCUGUUUGAAGGGCCUGGAGUCUGUGGCCACGGUGGAGGUACACCACCCCAACCGUUACGUCCUCUGUCCCCAGCACGAGACCAACCGAGCGCUCUCCGACUCGCUGGAGAGUCUCAAUCUCCUGUCGUCUUCCUCCAUGGCUACCCUGCCUCUCGAGCCCUCCUCUCACUCCACCCCCACGCCCACGCCUGCCCCCACGCCCACGGCCGAGGUCCUGGAGGACAGGGAGUGGUGUGGGGUCAGGAAGGUCCCCUGGCAGUGAUGGGUCUUUCUCUGCUUCAGUUUGAUGGACUGUCACAAACUGUGAUAUGGACAUCUUUUUGUCGUGGGUGAUGGUGGGUGAUCGAUACCAAUGUGGGCCAGCCUCUCGAAUCAGGGAGCUCCACAAUCCUUCCUCUUGGUCGUGAACCCAUUGGACACCGACAUGUCCCAACAUACGUUUUGCACAAACAGCCACACACACACUCCCUAAGACAUUCCCAGUUGUAGGAGCUUUCUGACAUUUGUAUUCCUCUUUCCACAUCCACUCUAAGCCAGAGAACAUUGAGUGUACAGCUCUUUUCCAUUCAAACAGACCUUCCCCGCCCACUUAAACUGCAGCACGAUCAGAGAAUCGGACACCAGGUUAAUGUGUACGUCAGUACAUGUACCAGUGUUUCCCAAUCGUUUGAACCUACCGUAACAUCAUGCUCAUCGAAGAUCUGCCAGGUCAGACCCUGAUACCCUCUUGGGUAUGACACACAAACACUCAGGAGUCUCUUCUGUCAGACUGUCCAGAGAGCAGAUGCAGAGGUCAUGUCCACUAAAUGGUGAAUGGACUGCAUUGAUUGAGCGCUUUUCUACCUUAGUGGCACUCAAAGCGCUUUACAAUGUUUUGCCUCUCGUUCACCCAUUCCUACUCACACUCACACAUACCGACGACAGUGAGCUGCCAUGCAAGGCACCGGCUUGCCCAUCAGGAGCAACUUGGGGUUCAGAGUCUUACUCAAGGAGACUUCGGCACAUGACCUAGGAGGAGUCGGGGAUCGAACCGCCAACCUUGCGAUUAACAGACAACCCUCUCUACCCCCUGAACCAUAGCUGCCCCACGCCCCACCCAUGUCAUGUCCACCACAUGUGACAGAUGGUUUGUUCCCGUUAAUCCAUGUGAAUGGACAAAGCCAUCACGGCAGCUUCUCAAACCAGGACAGAAGGAGAUGGGGAUCACAUAACGAGGAGGUGAUGGUGGAUGCGACACCAAAAUCUUGACCCCGCCCACGGUUGCGCCUCGGUCCUUUCUCUCCACAUGCAUCUUUUCCUCACAUUCAUCGUCCAAGAGACAUGUAGUUUGACACCUAAGUAUCUACAGCUCCGUAAAGCAGAUGUGCAGUUCAGUGGAAUCGUGAACGGAAAAGACAGAAAGGGAAACGCAGUUUCUUCAUGGCUGAAGUUACUGUGAACAGUUAAACGAGGGGGAAGACCUGGGCAGUGCAACACUCCCUCUGAGUCUCUGGUCAUUAUCACAACUCAGGUACUAGUAGUAGACAGUUAAAACCCCCCUAAAAAGGUACUGGUCAGUUGAAGAGAGAGGCAUGCUCUUGAGUUCCGGAGAGUUAAAGGAGUUACAAGAUGGUUUUCCGAUGGUUAGACAAAAGCUUUUGUGGCUUAAGCACAGUGUUACUUCUACGGUGUGAUUGGACUUUUUCUUACGUUUUUUUGUUUGUUUGUGUGACCUUUGCACUAAUGUUAACAUUUUAUAUACUUUUCUUUAUUUUUUUUUAUUGUAUUUUGUGUUGCUUGUUUUUAUUCUUUUUUAAUCACUAAGUGUGUCUGAAAUGGACUGAUCCAUUAUGCCUCUGACGAACAAAAGCUGACUUUAUGCAACAAUUAUAAACGUUUCGUUUAUUGGGAAAUGGUACGGUCAGCUAGGAUGUAAUGUGUGAACAAACCAGCGUUACCACAUCCCUAGACCACGAUCUACUUCUGCUUUUCCAAAAUUCUGAGGAAGUGGACUCAUUCGCCGUGUCACACUGCAGGGGAAGUGUGCGUACACGGCCACUUCCAGAGAGAGAGCUGGAGACGCGAGGCUGGGAAUGGCUUGAGAGGCAGAGAACCGCAAGUAAAGCGACAGAUCACAGUCUUUGACAUCUUUCGCUUGUGUUGUUGAGACACAACAGUAACGCCCGGAACUUGUCGUUACUUUGCAUUGUGUGUCCACUUAUUUCUGCAGAUGCUAACAUCCACCAGUUCCUCACUUACUUUACGAUUUACUAUUUGAUGUGCAGAUCAGAUCAGUUGAGGAAGGAAUUUGGUUGAAUAAACGUGCUGCUCGACAAUACGUGUAACUACCUAAAACACACAUAGAAGGACGGUCGCAUUGUUAGCAUUAUUGAAAAUUCACCUGUACGUCACGUCUCCCGUCUUGAAUUUUGGUGCUGUAUGUUUUAACUGAAGGUAGGCAACUACAGUAGCACAGUAUUGUGAAUGAGAAGGACUGAAAUCAAUGCUGUAUUGAAGACAUGGUGACUUGCAUUCAGUUUUAACAUCACAGACGAAGGUACACAAGAUCGUCAUACCGAGUCAGUAGAGCGUUUGUCCUUAAGCUAUCCGGGUUUAAAUGGGCUUUUCACAGAGUGAAUUAUUAGGCCUUUAUGCAUUUAACAAAAAUUGGAUUUUACAAAAUAUAAAAAAGACAACUCUUAUCUAAUAUACAUGUGUUGUAAUAGCCUUUUUACAUGCCACACCUUCAAUGUUUAUAUUCGUCCAGCAAUAAACUGAAGUUCUAACUUUACAAAGUGCCUUCAGAGAGCCAGUAUUUUGCCAUUUGUUUUGGUUUAUGAUUACUGUGGGUUUCAAUGUGUCUAGCUAAUGAGGAGACGAUUGUUCUAAAACAGGCAUGUUAAUACGGCAAUGAAUUUGUAAAAGAUUUUUAUACCUAUUUUGUAUGAAAUAAAAAAGAUUCCUUACACACGUGA